AUGUCAGGAAUUAGAAGGAUAAGAUCUGUUUAUGCCGAACAUUAUGUUCAAGGUUCUAAUCGAGCAAAAAGAACUCCCAGAGUUGGUCGACCCAUGAGGCCACGGGCAAUUGCCUGGGCCGGUCCUGCUGCUUUUUAUCAGUCACGGUGAGGUGUUAUAAUUUACUGUUUCAGAUGGGGGUUGUAUUAUGUUAAUUUAUUGCAUUAUUUUAGUUGGUCCGAGAGAAACGCUUGGUAUAAAGCGAGAAUUGAGUUCCCAGAAAUGCUUCCAGAGAUGUACAUCAUUGAUCCUACCGAUUACUACAAAUCUUUAGAAGAAAGGCUUUCUGGUUUGUUUGCGUUUUUUGUUUAACUUUUGAUUUCAGAUGGGAAGAAGCGUUUGAGUUUGGAUAUUGGAUUCAGCAAGUUGAAUAUGGAUGAUCAUGAAGGUAAGAAGAAAGACCCUGAGCUUGAGAGGCAGGCACGGAAGAAUGAAUGUAAGUAAACCUUGUAUCUUUUUGUUAUUGGUUUAGUGCUGAUAAACUUGGAUGAAGUUAGUGAUAACAGUUUACCGAUUGCUCUUCAUUUCAACAUCUUCUCUGAUCUGUUUAUUGAUGGGGCUUUCUUUCACAAUGUUCAGAAGCUGGAUGUUAAAUGUGGAGACCAUAGUUUAAGGACCGGAAAUGUCAUUCCCGUCAGUUCUUUGCUGUCAGAGCCUAAUGUUAAUAUUCAAACUCCGGAAAACGGCAAAGGAUUCAACACAUUUGUAAUGGUGAAUUUGGACGGAAAUCUUUUUGAAUCGGAAAUGCCAGAGGGUAGUCCAAAACAAGUUAUUCACUGGGCAGUGGGAAACAUUACUGAUGGAAGUGGGGUCACUGGAGGCAGUGAUGUUAUUGCCCCAUAUUUACCCCCAACUCCCUAUCAUGGAACCGGAUUUCACCGAGUUGCAUUUGUCUUGUUUAGGCAUUCCGAAAGGAUUGAUUUCAGCUCGUUUAAAUUGAAUUCGUAAGUGUUCUAUAAGAGGCGCUCAUUUUAUUUUUUGUUUAUACAGGCCGGAAUUUGUCCAGCGAUUAUUUUCGACCAACAGAUUUUUGAAGACAUUUGAGGACAAAAUGACUCCAUCUGCAAUCAAGUUUUGUCAAGUGGAAUGGGAUGAGAAUGUGGAUUAUAUUCUGCAUGAGCAAGGUAACAGCGCCAGAUGUUCUUGAUUGAUUUUUGAUGUUUUCUUUUUAGGAUUGAAGAGUCCGAGGUUCUGGUAUGAAUGGAACGAACCCGUUAAGCGAGCUCAGAAGGAAUUCCCUCUCAAACCAAGGCCUUUCGACAAGUAUUUAGAUCAGUAUAGACCAUCGGAAGAAGUUCUGAAGACCGUUUAUCGUGAGUGGCUGGAGAAGAGGGUCCAUGAAGGUAAAGUGGAGAAAGCAGAGUAUCCGGACAUCUUCUACGCCGAGAACAAGAAGAAACUGCCACAUUGGCAACAUGCGCAACUCAUGGAUAAGAAUGUUGGGAGAGGCCCGUGGGCUCGAUUAUACGACGACUUCCAGAAUCCUGCCUUUCAGAAGGAUCAGAUUUCCAGAAUUUAG